UGACAAGUGACAGUUGACACUGAACUUGAAUCUUAUAUUUUGCAAAGACAAAUUUAUAGAUGACAACUUGACAAUUGACAGUUAUUAUUAUUUAAUUGUUGUUUGUAAUGUUAUUUAAAAGUUAUCUUUAACAAUUUUAAGAUUAUUUGUCAAAAGGAAUUCAAAGUCCAAUUAUUUAAUGACUAUCAUUUCCAUUUAAAAAUGGUGCACUCACAAUUUUCUCUUCUAUGGGAUUCAUACAAAUCCAAUAUUUGUUCUGGGUUUGCUAGCUUGCAGCAAAAUGGAGAACUUGUUGAUAUGACUUUGGCAGCUGAUGGGCAUUUUGUCAAAGUACAUCAAGUUUUAAUAGCUUUAUCAAGUUCUUAUUUGAAACAAUUAAUUCUUUCAGCACCAUGUCAACAUCCCGUCAUAUUUCUCAAUAAUGUCUCUCAUACAACACUAUCUCUUAUAUUGGAAUAUAUAUAUACAGGAGAGGUCUUAGUACCCUCUGCAAAUUUGUCAGCUUUCAUCGAAGCGGCAAAAGCACUUCAUGUCAAGGGUUUAGAAACUGUGCUUGAAAGCAGUAAUAACAGUGGAGAAAAAGUUGAAGUGGAAGUUGAUGAUGCUAUCAUAAGUGGUACAUGCAGUAUCAAGAGAGAAACUAAUGUCUCAAAAAAGAUAUCUUUGCCAGCCAAUGCGAGAAAAAUAUUUGUACGGCAUGAAAAUAUUUCUAAUUCAUCCACAAGUGCAAAGAAAACAUGGAAUGAAUGUAAUGUCAAUGAAGAAAUACCAAGUUAUUCCAUUGUUAUGGAUGACCAUAAUAAUGAUUCUGAUGACAAUGUUACUAAAAGUGGUGUGCAAUCAAACAAAAGUGAAAAGCCUAAAGUGACGUCAUCAAACUUACAAUUCACAGUGUCGAUUCGUGGUUCUUUACAAGUUAUAUUAAAUCGUUAUAUAUACAAUCUUCACUCAACACAAGCAACGGGAGUUCGUCGAUGGCGUUGUAUUGACUAUCGAAACAAGAAGUGUUCCGCUUUUCUUGUCACUAAAGGCAACAUUGUUAUAAAUAGAGCAAAUCCACACAAUCAUUCAUUUCACGAUAAAAAGAUUCUCGAUAAAAUUGAAAAAAAUGCAGUUUAUUUAGCACUUGAUGAAGUUCAAACUUAUAUAGAUAAUGAGAAAUCUAAAGACCGUGACGAACCAAUGGAAAGUGAAUUUAUAUCUCUUGAAUUAAACGAGGGCUUGAAUAAUUAUUCAGAAGAGUGUAAAAUUUCGCAAUCUAUUGUUAAAAAUACUUAAUAUUUUAGUGUACUUAUAAGAAAGAUGUUAUUAAAAAUAAAUAAAUUGAGCAAUU